CAUCCAGCUGAAACCAUCGGUCGAUCGCUCGCCGGACACAGCAUCGAUUCUCCUCGCACGCGCACGUCGGAGGUGGUUGAUACAUAGAUAGAUAGAUAGGUGAUGGAGAACGACAGGAACAACCAGGCUCCGCCACCGCCCCCAGGCUACUACCCGUCGGCGGCUGCGGAGCAAAGGCAAGCCGGCGGCGGGAAGAAGGGCCGCCGGGGAAGCACCAAAUCCAAGGGCGAGAAGGGCUUCAUCGAGGGAUGCCUGGCGGCGCUGUGCUGCUGCUGGAUCUGCAAGAUGUGCUGCGACUGGCCGCCGAGGUCGCUGCCGGCCAAGACAUUGGUUCUGCAGAAAUAA